AUGGCUCCUGCUGGCAGCGGGCACGGCGGCGGCGGUGCAGGCGCUGGCAACACGAAGAUCAAGGCCUGGGUGUGCUCCGGGUGCGGCUACAAGAACCUUGGCUGGAGGGCGCAAUGCAGGCAGCCUGGCUGCGUUGCGUAUCGGCCGACUGGUCACGUUCCUGGUAUGGGUGCUCAUCCUGUUCCUCGUGGCAGCUGGCAGUACGGUGCUCCAGCCGCCAGCUGGGACUGGUCCCAGGCGCCUUGGCACCAGUCCAAGGGACCCAAGGGCUACGGCAAGAGCCAGUCUGGAGCAGGAGGUGGACCAGGAGGAGCGCCACCCAAGUACGCUGUGCUGGAGAUCAGCGAGGAGGACUUCGCCAUCUUCGCGCCUGCCAUGCUGUCGCCUGCGGACCAGCACUCGCUGCGGCAGGCCAGGUUCCUCCUGCAGCAGCAGCUGGGGACUCUCUCGCCCAUCAAGGCGGUCAAGAGCGCGCAGGUGCAGGCCGACGAGGCGGGCAAGAGGCUCCAGCGCGCCCGCGAAGAGGGGAAGCGCAGAGAGCUCGCGGCGGCAGAGGCGGUGGCGGCCGUGCUGCAGCAGAACAAGUACAUCCAGCAGCUGGACGACGAGCUGCAGCAGGCCGUGGCCCAGGCCAAGGAGGCCAAGGAGCGCGAGGAGGCCCAGAAGGCGAAGCAGGACACAGACAUGGAGACGGACUCGUUCGAGGAGGUCGACGCGGCGGCGGCGGCGCUGGCGGCUAAGCACGGGGAGUUGGCUGAGCAGGUUGUUGAUCAGCUCGAUGGCGUUGACCUUGGGCCUGCAGCUGGACCGCUCAGGACGUUGCUGCAGUCUCUCGCCGCCGACAGGGUCAACCCGCCCAAGGUGGUCAAGCCGCCUGUCGCAGCAGACUUGCCCCCACCAGCGCCUGCGGCAGCUGGACCCAAGGGCAAGCGCGGCGGCAAGGGCAUCAGCAAGUACGAUCCCUACGGGGGCAUCACGGUCGAGAAGGAUGACAUCAUGCGCUUCACGAAUGCUUCGCUGGACGCUACUCUUGCAGAGUUCUGCGACGGCGACGCUGACUCCAAGAAGCGCGAGCUGCUUGAGCUGUUCGCCACCAGGCUGGGCAAGCAGCCUCAGGGCGCGGUCGUAGUCAACAUCUAUCUCGAGAGCGGGGUCGGCAUCAACCCGCACAACUUUGCGAUCCUCAAGGAUGUGGCUCGCCGAAUUCGUGAGUAUGGCAGACCUUUCCUGAUUGGUGGCGAUUUCAACUGUACUAGGGAUGAGCUCGAGGCGAGCGGGGUCCUGCGUUUCUUCAAUGGCAAGGUGGUCAGUACUGUCGCGCCGACGUGCGCUCAGUCCAACAGUUCCAUUGACUACUUCAUCAUCCCGGCAGACCUCGAGGUAAGUGGCAUCGAGGUGCUCGAAGGUCCCGCUGUCUGGCCGCAUCGGCCUGUGCUGCUCUCGCUCAAGGCGGCGAAGAGGAGGGAGUUCAUCAAGGUGGCUAUGAUGCCCAAGGCGCUCCCACGACAGCGACCCCAAGGAUGCCUACGAGAUGAUCAUGGACCUGGCUGGGCACAGACGGCCACGGUCGUGCAGGAGCUUCUGGCUCAGCAUGGGAACCUGACGAAGGCGCGGCAAGCCUUCCUUGAGCAAGCCGAGCGUGAGUGGAUAGAUGUCUACCAGAUCCCGGGCACCACAUCGAAGUAUUGCGGCAGAGGGCGUGAGCCCCAAGUACGACGAGUACGCGACCUGCCAGUGUCCUGUGCGAGAUGGCCGAGAGUCUCGGCCGAGGCGACCUGGCUCUUCCGCGUGGCGAAUGAGUUACAGGCAGCAGCAGAGGUGGAGCAGCCCCUCGCACGGCUUCAGGCUCUUCGAGGUAUCAGCAGGCUGGUGGCGAAGGCGCCCAAGCUCGUCCAGGAGAGGCACAUGGGAGCUGGGCUGGCUGACCAGAGCCCAGAAGCCGCUCCA